AUAAGAUCAUAUAAAAUCUUCAGGGAGGUCCAUUAAGUUGUGCUUAUUAAAACACGGUUAACACACAAAAAAUUGAACACUGAUCGUACAUUACACACUGUAUAUAUAGCUAAAAUAAAAAAGAAUUUAAUGUCUAGUCGUUAGUCAUGCUAAACAGUGUGUGAAACAGCGAAACUUCACUUCACAAAGCCCACCAAACACACUGAAACAGGCUGAAGUUAGCCAUAUAAACUAACGCGACGUGCUAAUACAUGUUGGCACGCCCCUUUGUCCCACCCAUUUUUGAGCUGUCUCCGGUCUAGACAUACCAUUCUCGUAUUUGCGGAACAUUUUUUCCACUUGAUGCGCCUUCCCGGCUACCGUAGUGGUAAAGAAGUCAAGGGGACGUGUUCUGUUGAAAAAAAAACAGCAAUUCCUUUAGCAAGUAGUCAGUUGCGUAGGCAUGACGUGCACAGAAAGUUCGGGAGAGUGAGUUGAAGUGAACGAAGUAAAAAGAAUUUAAACAGUUGCAAGAAGGUGUUAUCGCGGGAUUUUUUUUUUUUUAUACCAAUACGUCUGUAAUCACGUGACCAUAUUGAGCAGCGCAAUUUGGAACAUGGCAGAGCGCAGGAGACAUAAAAAGCGAGUCCAAGAGGUCAGUGAACCUACCAAGGAGGAGAAGGCAGUGGCCAAAUACUUACGGUUUAACUGUCCCACAAAGUCCACCAACAUGAUGGGACAUCGGGUAGACUACUUUGUAGCCUCUAAAGCAGUGGACUUUCUUCUUGAAUCAAAAUGGGCCAAAUCAAAGAAGAGUGAGGAUGCUUUGUUCACCACCCGAGAGUCAGUGGUGGAAUACUGCAACAGGCUUCUGAAGAAGCAGUUCUUCCACCGAGCUCUAAAGGUGAUGAAGAAGAAACCUGAUAAAGACUUAAAGAAGGAGAAAGAGAAGGAGAAGGCUAAAGGUGAUAGCAGUAAAGAGGAGGAGAAAAGAGGCAAAAAGGAAAAGGACAAAAAGAAGGAUUCUGAGUCUCCUGAUGCAAAAAAGGAAAAGACUGAUGAUGAACCAGGAUCACCAAAAAAGAAGAAGGAUGUUAAGAAGAAGUUUAAGCUUGAGCCUCAUGAGGAGCAGCUGUUUCUAGAUGGAAACGAGGUGUAUGUCUGGAUUUAUGACCCAGUCCACUUCAAAACCUUUGCCAUGGGACUCGUAUUAGUGAUUGCUGUGAUUGCUGCCACUCUGUUUCCCCUGUGGCCUGCGGAGAUGAGAGUGGGAGUGUACUACCUGAGUGUUGCUGCUGGCUGCUUCGUCGCCAGCAUUCUUCUUCUUGCUGUUGCUCGCUGUAUUCUGUUCCUAAUCAUCUGGCUGGUGACGGGAGGACGGCAUCACUUCUGGUUUCUGCCAAACCUUACAGCAGAUGUGGGCUUCGUAGACUCCUUCCGGCCACUCUACACACACGACUACAAGGGCACUCGCACAAGCGCCAAGAAAAUUGGUGCAGAGAAAGCUGAUGGCAAGAGCUCGGAUGCCACCAGAGCACAGAAGUCUGACAGUGAGGACAAAUCCGACAUAGAGAAGAAGGAUGCCGAGGAAGACGAAGACCAGAUGAAGGUAGCUGCAGUAGUGGAGGGAGAGCGCCUCUCGGAAACGGACAGUGACCGUAGAGAGGAUGAGGGCUCUCAGCACAGUAAUGGGAACGACUUUGAGAUGAUCACUCGGGAAGAGCUGGAGCUGCAUACAGAUGAGGAGGAGGAGGAAGAAGAAGAAGAAGAGGAGGAGGAGGAGGAGGAGGGCAGUGAGACAAAAACUAUUGAGACAUAAGAACGCGAGCACUGUGUUUCACACGGACUGUGCUCAGGAGUGGUUGAGGUUUCCAUCCCUUUCACAGACUAUCUUCCACUACAAAUGCACAUAGGGUCAAAAGAUUAAAUGAGAGAGCAGAAUAUGCCUUUGGUGACAAUGCAAAUAUUUAAUUGACUUUUGGCUCAUCUCUUUGUUCUCUCUGAUACCCCUGCCCCAUGUAACGCCCUGAUUGGUACAUGUAAACUAACAUGCUCAGACUUUGUUCACCUUGCUGCCUGUCUGUCUUCCUCAUCAACCAGUGUACAAUCUCACUCUGUAAGGAGGGGGAGGCAGGUAGCAGAUGGGGCAUCUGCAUUUGGGGGGGGGAGCACUUGGGUUUGGAUUGACUGUAUAGCCUGCUAUUUCACACUCGGGUCUGCUUGAAGGAGGAUGCAGCCUGCAAGCUGCCAUUUUAUUACCCAAACACAGUAAACCCACUAUGAUUAUCUUUGGCUGCUGCCAUCAUUUGAGUUAAAUGGUGCUAGAUUUAUGUGGAUGGACCAAUGUUUCUUAAUCUACCUAUGUAGCAGUCAGUCCCUUGGUUCGUGUGCGUGUAAGGGUGCAAAAGUGGUGAAUAGGUGCAGACUUGGCCUGAGCAGGUAUUUUGUGUGUACUGUGCAUGUUGUCCAUUUUGUACACAUUUUUAAUAGGUGAUUUCAGCAAUUAAAUCAGGCCUGUGGAGAUCUUCCAGACACACCUCUGUCUGGGAAAGUCAGUUUUUUUUCAACAUUUGGUCAGAGAUCAUUACACUGUCAUUAAAUUAUAUGCAUUUGAAAGUUUGACAGUGAGUGAAGAAAUUACAUGAUGGUGGUUGAAUUAUGAAUGAGAAAUGAAACAUUAAAAUAUGUGCCAAAUCCACCACAGUACUAAUGCUGGGUUUAGUUUGGCAUUUUCUACUCAAAGUCCACCUAUGUCCCACAGUAUCUGGCACAUUUGCUUAGAGAUGUUAACAGGCUGAAUUUCACAGUUGUCGCUAUGAACAUCAACAUGAAAGUUUGAAAAUGGUAGGUGGUUUAAGGAAUGAGGUUUAUUUUAGGCAUGUAGGGAGCCGUUUCAGAACAUGGCUGUAAAAUAAAUCCUUUUUCAGAGGUGUUUGAGUGACUAAGAGAUACGUCUUUAGUGCUAAAUAAAAAUGUGUCCUACCAUGCUGCAGUUAUGUCUUCCCCUUCAGUUCUUUAACUGUGUGAGCUAAAGUCUGAUCAUAACAUUUAUCCUAAUUAAGCUGUCAUUAUUCCAGUAGCUAUAUAAAAAGUGUCACAGUAUAGUCAAUACUGGCUUAAUUGCAGACAUCAGGCAUUCUUGUCUCUCAUGGGGUCACUCCCUAAAGAAGUUGAUCCAUAAGAUUAGCUCCACCAAGGCCUCUCACAACCUUUGCAUUCUCAUGGGACAGAAGUCCAGUAAUACAUUUUACAUAAGGUUAAAUGCUGUUGGCUAGAAUUUUCAUUUCACAAUAGCUUGUAUUGAAGAUAUUUUAAAAGAAAAAAUGCAAAUAACAUUUUAUAUAUAGGGAUUCUAUAGUACAAUAUAUAUUUAAGAUGACAGUUCAGGUGAAAGUCUGAAUUGUGAUCUACACACACACAAAUUCCAGGCAAUUUUUUUGUUCUCUUUGGUAAAUUUUUUACUCACGUAGACCAUCAGCUAAUACAAAUACAUUUGAAAGCUUGCAUAAGUAAUUAGGUAGAGCGAAGUGUUUAGUCAGGCUUUCUGUCAUCUUGCUGGUCCGUUCUUAAUACCUUGCCCUGCCCUUUUUAUAUAAUUUAUUUAGUGCUUUCCAGAUGUUCAAGUGAAAUUUUUUUUAAUUAAGCGGCAAAAGAAAACAACUUGACAGUGAUUAGUUUGUCUUGAUAUGUGCCUGUCUCCAGAAUACUAUAAAUAUUAAAGAAGUUCAAACUCGAUCAUGAUGUUGUGGGUCAAACUACGUAGUCAUUUAAUAAAAAGUAACUUACUUUAGAACUCGUCUUUCGUUCUCUGAAUUCAAAGACCUUGAGUUUGUGGCACUUCCGUAAAAUGUUUGUCAUGCUAUUGCCGUUUCUGAAUAUUUAAAAUAAUGCUACCAUGUAGGAAUAGUACAAGUUACUUAUUCAAGUUGUGCUUUUUGCUUCUUUUCUACUGAUAUUUCAUCAAUGUUUUCUAGUCUUUGUUCUUUGCUGUCUUUGAAUGUGAGAUGCCAAUGUGCUGGUAUCUAUUCUUAGUUUUAUAACUCAUUUACAGAUUGUCAUAAAAUCUCAAAUUGUUUAAGUGUUUCACAGCAGUCUGUAAUGUAUUAAUACAAAUGCUGUUGCCUCAUUUCUAAAUAUGAAAAAUCAAACACUGUCACUGAUUUGCCCAACAUGUUUUCAAAUUCUUAAUUAUGAGCAUUUGAAAUUAAUAUUAUACAAAUAUCCCCAAGGACCUUCUUUUUCAAUCUUUGGAGUAAAAGUGACUGGAAGUAGCUCUAUCUUUUCAUUGCAAUAAAACAAUGCCAAUUCA